AUGGCAGCGAUUCAGAGUGUUCUGGCGGAGCAUAAUAUCAAGGAUGCCCGAUUCAUUCUCGAGCUACCAUCAACGGCUGCCGCUGCGUCCACUGUCGCGACUGCUGGCGACGCUGACGCGCCGGGGACCCGGGGAGCGGGUAAUGCUUCAGUGGUGGCUGCACCGAUCGACUCUUCUGCGCCCAGUACUGAAGGAGGAGUGGCCAAUACUACGCUUCUGAUGGGGAUGCAGACCACCCCCGCUGCGGUCCCAACCCCUCCACCGGAGCAUCAGCGACCCCCACCUCGCGCUCGGUCUCCCUCAGCGCGGCAGCGAUCUCCCGCCUCGUAUCACUCCGAGUCGCUCCUGGGGCAUGCACUUCCCGCGCCCUCCACUUCGCAUUCAGGCUCUCCUCCGCUGAACGACAGCAUAAGCUCGCUGGGUGCCACGGCGCGCCCAGCGCCAGGGGCGGCCGCCGGCGAUGCGAGCGGAACGCACGUGACACCGGGCGCGGCAGCGGAGGACGGCUCUGCGACCACCAUCCCCGCACAGCCGCCAGCUCAGCCGCAUCCACCACCUCCGAAGCGCGAUGUCGAUGCCAUCACCUCGGAUGGCGCUGCGGCCGUUCUUACAGGCGAGGUCGCUGCAGAAAUCUGCCGUGUGUCGAAUCAGCUCGCGCAGGACAUUGCGGCCGCCGAGGCUCAAAUGUCGCGGAAGGAAAUUCUGCAAAAGUUUGUGGGCCGUAGCGUCAUCCUCGAAGAUAGGCGGCAGCGUGAGGCGCAGCAGCUGGCUCAGGCGUCAAAGUUGUCGUGGAACGGCAUCCCGCAUCCUGCCGUGCCGUUCAAGGCAGAUGCGGCUAGUGUGCAUACGACAGCAUCGUCACAGCCUCGUUGCGGAAUUCCGACGGCCUCUACCAAGCCUCCCGCGCAGAAGCUCAGCGCCGACGCCACGAUCCCUUGUGGCACCGUGGCGAGUGCUUUCUCCGCCGCCGUAUUACCUCCCCCUCCACCGGAACCACGACAGCCGCAGCGUCGCAGCAUCGUGCGCCUGACCCCGCCAUCGAGAACCCCCGUCCACAGCGGUGGCAACGGCGCCCCCGGCUCGGUUCUGCCGGAUAGCAGCUCCCUACCCUCUCUCGUGUCGGCCAAGAAGUCCGCCGUGCCUGGCAAGACGCCCGUCUUCAGCAUUCUCAACAAGGAUGGGAGCCGCCUGCUCGAUCAAGGCGGUGCCGCGAUGACGCUACGGACAUCGUUGCCCGGGGCUCUAGCAAAGACAGGAGGCGCAUCUGUAGCUCCAGCAGGGGCGGCCACGAAUGGCGGUGACGCGACAGAGGCGAGUCGGUCCAGCAGUAACAGCAACAGCAACAACACUAGCAUCUCCCAUAUCCGUCAAUCACGCCCCAGCAGCGUUUCCCUCCUCGCCGACGACCGCGCGCCGCCGUCGCCGGUGCACGAGCCGCUGCUCGGUGUGGCGGCGGAGGAAGAGGCGAACCGGCAGUGCAGCAUACUCAUGCAAACCCAGCCCCGUUCCCCCACACCGGAGCCCCAGCCGGUGGAGAGUGCCAUCAACAGGGAUGAUGGGGAGGUGCUGCGGAAGAUGUUGUCGGAACAGAGCAAGGAAAACACACGUCGCGCCUUGCAGCUGCAGAACCAGUCACGUCUCUCGCACACGACACAGAUGGCGACCACGUCGGUGAUGGGAAAGAACCAGCCCAGCGCUUCCGGCACGUUUUCCACCGCAUCGACUCCGCGCUCGCCGUCUAGGCCGUCUACUUCGGCUGCCGCCGCGUCUUCUCAGCCCUCUCUGCGUGCUAUGCUGCAGGAGCAGCAGCAGCUGCAAGACGCCAGUCGCCGCAGCAUGGAGGAGCACAAUCGACUCAUGCAAGCGGCUCGAGCUGCACGGACGCCGGCGUCCGCGUUGUCGAAUGCGUUCGAGACAUCUAAGACACCGGCGGUGGCACUCGCGACCCCGCCAGCACACGCGACAACGGCAGCGACCGGCGCCGCAGCUGCCGCGCCGGUGACGGUGAAGGAGGACGACGCGGCGCACUGGAAGGCCGGCAUUGCCACCUCGGCACGAGCGUCGCCGCCGAGGCACAACGCGAACGGCACAUUCACGCCCAGCACCUCCAGUAUUCAAGUUGUGAAGUUCACGCUUCCCCACGAGGAGGAGGCGCGGCAGGCGGCGGUGCAGCAGCUGUGUCGCAGCCCCUCAGGGACGCAGCAUCUGGACAGCAAGGAUCGCUAUCGCGCCCUCCUGGCCGCGCAGCAGAACGAGUUCGCUGCACAGGAGGCGAAGACACAGGACUACAAGGUGCUACUGAACCGCGCCGUCGAGUUCAAUCGCUUCCAGCAGCAGCAACGAACCAAGCCGUCUUAA